AUGUUCACGCCCACCGAGCUGCUGGUGCCCAACGACACCUGGCGGAACCUCUACCACCGCGACGCCGAGCUCCUCCCCAUCGUCGCGAAGAAAGACCCGGCAGCGCUCAAGCCGGGAGCCGGCGCUGUGGUGGUCGACCUCGGCCCCGACGCCGAAGACACGGAGAGGAAGGUGGAGCCGAAGGCGGCUCCCGCGCCAAUCUCCACCGCACCGGACACAACGGUGGUGGCGCCCGCCGCUGCUACCGGGGCGGAGCUCGACGGCGCACCACCAGCCACAGAGGCCGCCGGCGCGGACCCCGCAGCCAUCCAGCGGGAGACGGGCCCCGCCGAGGGCGCGGCAAUGCCAUCAGUCCCACAACCCACAGGUGCUGGCACGGGGGAGGCUGCAGCGGAGGAGCAGCAGGGAGUUCUGCCACAAGUGGGCGACGCACCGCCCAGCCAGACAGUGGCGGCGGGAGCUUCGUCGUCGUCGACUGCCACCUUCAGCCCGGAUGUCGGCACCCUCGCCGGGGGGCACCAGUCCCUUGAUGCCAUCAAGGAGCAGCAACUGGCGUUCGUCACCUCUUUCAACCAGGUGAAGGAGCGCCACGAGCUCGCCAAGGGCCAGCUCAGCGAGGUGCGGCAGGCCGUCGAGAGGGAGCGGCAGGAGCUCUCUUGGCUGCGAGAGGAGACGCGCCUGGCCCGGGAUGCAGUCGCUGCACCGGUCGUCCCCGAGGUGGGGUUGCACGCGAAGCUGGAGGAGCAGACCAAGGCUGUAGCAGACGCGGCGACAGCGGCAGCGCGGCAAGAGAAGGAGCUCAACUCCGCCAAGGAGAGGAGUGCCCGACUCGAGUCCGAGCGGGCCACUGUCUGGGAGGAUCUCAUCAAGGCGGGCGAGGACAACGCGGCCAAGGCCACGCAGAUCGCCCGGCAAGCGGAUCUCCUCCGCAAAUACAAGCACGCCGUGGUGACGGCACACGCCAACCACGCCACACUGGUAGAGUAG